AUAGCUAGUUAGUGUUGAGCAUUUAAUGGAUAACAACGUAACUCAAAAAGCUCCCGCAUUUUAUCUAGUUUAAAUAGUGUAUUUUUAUAGAUUUUAACGAAAAUAAGAAGAAUUCGAAAGAAUUUUCUGAUAAGAUUCGGGAUAGUAAAUAGAAUUUAAAGCUUAUCAAGAAGAUAUUUUUGUGCAAUCAAAGGUCGCUAAAUUUAAAGUGUUAAUAAGAUGUCAAUGGAGGAGAGAUUUAAAGCAGCAGUUAAUGUUAUUAAAGGAUUGCCACCAAAAGGGGCUUACCAACCCAGCUAUGACAUGAUGUUACGUUUUUAUUCAUAUUUUAAACAAGCAACGGAAGGACCUUGUAAAUCACGUCGUCCGGCAUUUUGGGAUAUUGUCGGUAAAGCCAAAUAUGAUGCAUGGAAGAGAUUAGGCGAGAUGCCAAAAGAAAAAGCUAUGGAAUCAUAUGUAGAAGAACUUAAAAAGAUUGUUGAGACAAUGUCAUUCACAGAUAAUGUUGCUGACUUCUAUGAGUCUUUAAGUGAGUUAGAUAAUAUUAGUGUUGGCGAUUUAGAACUUGUUGCACCAGAAUUUAUGCGAAGUAAAUCACAGUCGAAUUCACCGUUCCGUGAACGCAAUUUAGCUGAAACAAUUCGUGAUAUUAAUGACAUUCCAAAUGCCACUUAUACUGCAGCCAGCAAUGGACGACAAAAUGCUAGGACAUACAGUAGUAGUCCUUCAGAGACUUCGACAGACGAUGAUGAGGAAUAUAUUGAUACAGUCGAGGAUGAGAUAGUCAUAGCAGAAUCCCGCCCAACAGUAAACUAUGCACAUCAUAAUGGUGGAAUAGCACAUAAAAAGCCAACGACAGAAGUGACAAAUAAGCUUAAUAUUGAUCCAUCAUUAAUGACACACCUCGUGCAGAGUAUAACGGAUAAUAUGAAGGCAGAUUUGCAGCAAGUUAAUACCCGGUUGAAUGUACUUGAACAAAAGAUGCUGAAAGAGAAAGAACAGCAGCAACGACGAAAACAUCCUAGUUGGUGGCCUUUUGAGGACGUGUCGCCUUCAUUUUUUGCAUUUACAAUUUUAUGGCCUGUGGUAGUUGCAAUAAUAUUCCGAUCGAUGCAACAAAGGAGAUUAGCACAUGGUGUUGGAAAACGUAGUUAAUUUGAAUAAUUUAUGAUGUUGUCAUUUUAUUUUUUCGCUGGGUAUAACGUGAAAUAUGGUCUCUAAUUAUUAAAUUAUACAGAAUGACGUGGGAGAAAGGUUAUAGACACAGGAGUUUGUAGCUUGCUUUCUCACUUGAUUUAGAUAUUAAAUAUAUGAACUGAGAAUAGUCAUACUGACAAGACAGAACAAUCGAUUGAUAAUGCUACAAAUUUUUAAUAUUGAUUCAAUUUAAAAUUCUUAUUCCAAGUUUGAUCAACUGCUAAUUAAUAAGCAUUAAGUCCUUUGAAAACCAUUUACACAUAUACUUAAUAAAUAUGAGUUAAAUGAACAUCCGAUUCAGAUGAAUUAGACUUUGCGUACUAUAAGAACUUUUUUAGGUUUUAAAAAUGUUAUGUGGGCUGGGUAGCAUAAAAUAUA